GGCGAUAUGAUAAUAUAACUCGUCAUGUAUCGAUAAGCCGAUACCCUGAUCUCUAUAAAAGACUUCGCAUUCUAGUUUCAAUCAACAUUUCCUUAAUUGAACGGUAACAAUUAAUACUAUAGUGCCAGUGCAUAGAUCAGGAUACUUAUUAUGAUUGAACGUUGCCUUUUGGCCACGGCACUGUUGGCCACGCUGGCCGCUGUGACGGUCAGUAAAGAAACAUACGCUUCUGAUGUGGUGGUACCCACAGAAUGCCCUGAAACUGAUCCGCUCGACACGACUAUUCAUAUCGCACACGAAUGGGACUGUACUCGUUUUUACACGUGCUUCAAUGGAGAAAAAGUACUGACUACUUGUGCCGACAGGGAUCCCAAUGGAAACCGACUUCAUUUCGAUCCGGUGCUUCAAGUUUGCGUGUGGCCGGAAAAUUCUACGUGCAGCAAUAAAGAUCCAAGUCCUGAGGUCACCACCGAAGGCUCGGCCGUCACAGGAACCUCGAAACCCACCGGAAAUGGAGACACAACGGUAGUUACGACUGCCCCAUCCGGCGAUGAUGAACAAAACAACAAUAACGAGGAGUCAACUACUUCUGCUGCACCUGGUUCAUCCGAUGAUUCGGAAAACACAAAGCCGACAAUACCUACGGAAUGCCCAGCUGAAGACGGAGACGAUGCCGUUCACAUUGCACAUGAAUCUGAUUGCAGACUAUUCUACCAGUGUGAUUCCGGAGAGAAAGUCUUGAAGGAGUGCAUCAAUGGUCUGCUUUUCAACCCUGUUUUGCAGGUGUGUGAUUGGCCUGAGAACGUUGAUUGUGCGUCAAACGGUGGUGGCAGUGAAGAGGGAACCAAAUCGCCUGUUACACCAAACGAUGAUGUAAAAACAUCGACUGAAUCCGUUCAGACUACUACUACUAGGAAACCCAACAAUAGCGAGGAGUCAACUACUUCUGCUGCACCUGGUUCAUCCGAUGAUUCGGAAAACACAAAGCCGACAAUACCUACGGAAUGCCCAGCUGAAAACGGAGUCGAUGCCGUUCACAUUGCACAUGAAUCUGAUUGCAGACUAUUCUACCAGUGUGAUUCCGGAGAGAAAGUCUUGAAGGAGUGCAUCAAUGGUCUGCUUUUCAACCCUGUUUUGCAGGUGUGUGAUUGGCCUGAGAACGUUGAUUGUGCGUCAAACGGUGGUGGCAGUGAAGAGGGAACCAAAUCGCCUGUUACACCAAACGAUGAUGUGAAAACAUCGACUGAAUCCGUUCAGACUACUACUACUAGGAAACCCAACAAUAGCGAGGAGUCGACUACUUCUGCUGCACCUGGUUCAUCCGAUGAUUCGGAAAACACAAAGCCGACAAUACCUACGGAAUGCCCAGCUGAAAACGGAGUCGAUGCCGUUCACAUUGCACAUGAAUCUGAUUGCAGACUAUUCUACCAGUGUGAUUCCGGAGAGAAAGUCUUGAAGGAGUGCAUCAAUGGUCUGCUUUUCAACCCUGUUUUGCAGGUGUGUGAUUGGCCUGAGAACGUUGAUUGUGCGUCAAACGGUGGUGGCAGUGAAGAGGGAACCAAAUCGCCUGUUACACCAAACGAUGAUGUGAAAACAUCGACUGAAUCCGUUCAGACUACUACUACUAGGAAACCCAACAAUAGCGAGGAGUCGACUACUUCUGCUGCACCUGGUUCAUCCGAUGAUUCGGAAAACACAAAGCCGACAAUACCUACGGAAUGCCCAGCUGAAAACGGAGUCGAUGCCGUUCACAUUGCACAUGAAUCUGAUUGCAGACUAUUCUACCAGUGUGAUUCCGGAGAGAAAGUCUUGAAGGAGUGCAUCAAUGGUCUGCUUUUCAACCCUGUUUUGCAGGUGUGUGAUUGGCCUGAGAACGUUGAUUGUGCGUCAAACGGUGGUGGCAGUGAAGAGGGAACCAAAUCGCCUGUUACACCAAACGAUGAUGUGAAAACAUCGACUGAAUCCGUUCAGACUACUACUACUAGGAAACCCAACAAUAGCGAGGAGUCGACUACUUCUGCUGCACCUGGUUCAUCCGAUGAUUCGGAAAACACAAAGCCGACAAUACCUACGGAAUGCCCAGCUGAAAACGGAGUCGAUGCCGUUCACAUUGCACAUGAAUCUGAUUGCAGACUAUUCUACCAGUGUGAUUCCGGAGAGAAAGUCUUGAAGGAGUGCAUCAAUGGUCUGCUUUUCAACCCUGUUUUGCAGGUGUGUGAUUGGCCUGAGAACGUUGAUUGUGCGUCAAACGGUGGUGGCAGUGAAGAGGGAACCAAAUCGCCUGUUACACCCAACGAUGAUGUGAAAACAUCGACUGAAUCCGUCCAGUCUACUACUACGAGAAAACCCAACAAUAGCGAGGAGUCGACUACUUCUGCUGAAUCAAAUCCGUCAACCACCGAAAAGAACGAGAACGCGGAGUCGACUACUUCUGCUGAAUCAAAUCCGUCAACCACCGAAAAUAACGAGAACGCGGAGUCGACUACAUCUGCUGAAUCAAAUCCGUCAACCACCGAAAAGAACGAGAACGCAGAGCCGACUACUUCUGCUGCACCUGGUUCAUCCGAUGAUUCAGAAAACACAAAACCGACAAUACCUACGGAAUGCCCAGCUGAAAACGAAGGCGAUGCAGUUCACAUCGCACAUGAAUCCGAUUGUGGACUAUUCUACCAGUGUGAUUGGGGACACAAAGUCCUGAAAGAAUGCCCCAGUGGUCUGCACUUCAACCCAGUUUUGCAGGUGUGUGAUUGGCCUGAAAACGUCGGUUGUUCUUCCAACGGAGGUAACAGCGGAGAGGGAACCAAACCACCUGUCACAUCCAACGAUGAUGCGGAAACAUCAACUGAAUCCGUUCAGUCUACUACCAGCAAACCCAACGAUAGCGAGGAGUCGACUACUUCUGCUGCACCUGGUUCAUCCGAUGAUUCAGAAAACACAAAACCGACAAUACCUACGGAAUGCCCAGCUGAAAACGAAGGCGAUGCAGUUCACAUCGCACAUGAAUCCGAUUGUGGACUAUUCUACCAGUGUGAUUGGGGACACAAAGUCCUGAAAGAAUGCCCCAGUGGUCUGCACUUCAACCCAGUUUUGCAGGUGUGUGAUUGGCCUGAAAACGUCGGUUGUUCUUCCAACGGAGGUAGCAGCGGAGAGGGAACCAAACCACCUGUCACAUCCAACGAUGAUGCGGAAACAUCAACUGAAUCCGUUCAGUCUACUACCAGCAAACCUAACGAUAGCGAGGAGUCGACUACUUCUGCUGAAUCAAAUCCGUCAACCACCGAAAAUAACGAGAACGCGGAGUCGACUACUUCUGCUGAAUCAAAUCCGCCAACCACCGAAAAUAACGAGAACGCGGAGUCGACUACUUCUGCUGAAUCAAAUCCGUCAACCACCGGAAAUACCGAGAACGCGGAGUCGACUACUACUGCUGCACCUGGUUUACCCGAUGAUUCAGAAAACACAAAACCGACAGUACCUACGGAAUGUCCAGCUGAGAACGGAGACGAUGCCGUUCACAUCGCACAUGAAUCUGAUUGUGGACUAUUUUACCAGUGUGAUCGGGGACACAAAGUCCUGAACAAAUGUCCUAGUGGUCUGCACUUCAACCCUGUGCUGCAGGUGUGUGAUUGGCCCGAGAACGUUGAUUGUGCGUCAAAUGGAGGUAGCAACCCCAACGAACCCGAAAAGCCAGACGAGGUUGAAACAACUGUAUCAACCGACUCUACGACAUCCGCAAAGCCAGAGGAGGUUGAAACAACUGUAUCAACCGACUCUACGACAUCCGAAAAGCCAGACGAGGUCAUCACGACUGUAUCAACCGACUCUACGACAUCCGAAAAGCCGGACGAGGUCAUUACGACUGUAUCAACGGACUCUACGACAUCCGAAAAGCCAGACGAGGUUGAAACAACUGUAUCAACCGACUCUACGACAUCCGAAAAGCCAGACGAGGUCAUCACGACUGUAUCAACGGACUCUACGACAUCCGAAAAGCCGGACGAGGUCGUCACGACUGUAUCAACCGACUCUACUACAUCCGAAGAGUCAGACGAGAAUGGCACUACUGUUUCAGCUGGCUCAACGGCAUCUGAAGAGUCAGGAGAGAGUAGCACUACCACUGCUCCAAAUGAAACUAGUGACCCAAAUGAAUUCGAGUGGUCGACCCCUGCGGGUAUCACGGAUACCAACAAUACAGUCUGCCCCCUCGCUUUUAUACCCCAUGAGUGCAAGUGCAAUCUUUUCUACAAAUGCGACGAACAGGGUAGAUGGAUCCGUCAGAGCUGCGCAUCUGGUCUUCAAUUCAACGACCGCACUCAAGUCUGUGAUUGGCCUCACAAUGUUGGUUGUGUAGACGGUGCCGACCAAACAACGAGCCCUUCGACGGAAGCACCAGCAUCAGUUCCGACUGUAAAACCCACGUCUGCACCAGUUAGUAGUACCACAAAAGUUACAACCACUACUGAGGUCACGACUGCAAAACAAACCACUACCCCCGCGUAUGGUACCGAAUGCAGUGGCACUUGCCCCUCCGUAGAUCCCCUCGACUACACAGUUUUAUUGGCCCACAAGGACUGCACCAAGUUCUGCAUGUGCAGCAAUGGUGUACAGUUUGUCCGCAAUUGUCCGGGCUUGCUUUAUUUCAAUAACGAGUUGAAAACCUGUGAUUGGCCUGAAGCAUCUGGCUGCGUUCAGGCGGCGUAUAAUGUGAACUCUAUAAAAGAGUUCGGGGUAUCGUCUCAGACAUCAUUUCUUGAGGUAAACGAUAAAAUUGCAUACGGAGUUAACACGCAUUUCUGUGAAUUUACUAUGAUUGGAAGUCACCUUUUUGCCACAGUACUAGUGGCCAUACUAGCUGCUGUUUCUAGCAACGCAGAAGUAGUUGUACCUACAGAAUGUCCAAGGAUCGAUCCGUUGAAUACGACUAUUCAUAUCGCACACGAAUGGGACUGCACUCGCUUUUACACUUGUUCCAAUGGAAGAAAAAUUCUGACUACUUGUGCAGACAGAGAUCUCAAAGGAGGCCGACUUUAUUUCGAUCCGGUGCUUCAAGUUUGCGUAUGGCCUGAAGAUUCGACUUGUGGCAAGAAUGGUACAAUUACUUCGGUAUCCACCGAGGGCAGCACGUCGAGAUCUAGCAGCGAAUCAGGAAACACGAACUCCACUGUAAACAGUACGACAGAAUCUAGCAGUGAAUCAGGAAACACGAACUCUACCGGAAGCAGUACGACAGAAUCCAGCAGUGCAUCAGGAAACACGAACUCUACUGAAAGCAGUACGACAGAAUCCAGCAGUGCAUCAGGGAACACGAACUCUACCGAAAGCAGUACGACAGAAUCCAGCAGUGCAUCAGGAAACACGAACUCUACCGAAAGCAGUACGACAGAAUCCAGCAGUGCAUCAGAGAACACGAACUCUACCGAAAGCAGUACGAUAGAAUCCAGCAGUGCAUCAGGAAACACGAACUCUACCGAAAGCAGUACGAUGGAAUCUAGCAGUGAAUCGGGAAACACGAACUCCACUGUAAACAGUACGACAGAAUCUAGCAGUGAAUCAGGAAACACGAACUCUACCGAAAGCAGUACGACAGAAUCUAACAGUGCAUCAGGAAACACGAACUCUACCGAAAGCAGUACGACGGAAUCUAGCAGUGAAUCAGGAAACACGAACUCUACCGAAAGCAGUACGACGGAAUCUAGCAGUGAAUCAGGAAACACGACCUCUACCGAAAGCAGUACGACGGAAUCUAGCAGUGCAUCAGGAAACACGAACUCUACCGGAAGCAGUACGACAGAAUCUAGCAGUGAAUCAGGAAACACGACCUCUACCGAAAGCAGUACGACGGAAUCUAGCAGUGAAUCGGGAAACACGAACUCCACUGUAAACAGUACGACAGAAUCUAGCAGUGAAUCAGGAAACACGAACUCUACCGAAAGCAGUACGACGGAAUCUAGCAGUGAAUCAGGAAACACGAACUCUACCGAAAGCAGUACGACGGAAUCUAGCAGUGAAUCAGGAAACACGAACUCUACCGAAAGCAGUACGACAGAAUCUAGCAGUGAAUCAGGAAACACGACCUCUACCGAAAGCAGUACGACGGAAUCUAGCAGUGAAUCGGGAAACACGAACUCCACUGUAAACAGUACGACAGAAUCUAGCAGUGAAUCAGGAAACACGAAUUCUACCGAAAGCAGUACGACGGAAUCUAACAGUGCAUCAGGAAACACGAACUCUACCGAAAGCAGUACGACGGAAUCUAGCAGUGAAUCGGGAAACACGAACUCCACUGUAAACAGUACGACAGAAUCUAGCAGUGAAUCAGGAAACACGAAUUCUACCGAAAGCAGUACGACAGAAUCUAGCAGUGAAUCAGGAAACACGAAUUCUACUGAAAGCAGUACGACAGAAUCUAGCAGUGAAUCAGGAAACACGAACUCUACCGAAAGCAGUACGACAGAAUCUAGCAGUGAAUCAGGAAACACGAAUUCUACCGAAAGCAGUACGACAGAAUCGAGCAGUGGACCGGGAAUCACCGAAACAACAGUACCUUCACAAUGUCCAGCUGAAAACGAAGGUUACGCCGUUCACAUCGCACAUGAAUCUGAAUGUGGACUAUUCUACCAAUGUGAUUGGGGGAAGAAGGUCUUGAAGGAGUGCCCCGGUGGUCUUCACUUCAAUUCUAUUUUACAGGUCUGUGAUUGGCCUGAAAGCGCUGGCUGUUCCUUGAACGGUUCAGUUGAUGCUAAUCGAACUAAUUCAACUGAUUCUGAAAUAUCUACCACUAAAAUCACCAGCACCACCGCUAAAUCAGACAACCUGACUGUUUCCACAACCUCCAGCGUUGUUGGACCUUGUGAACGAAGUGGUGCCUGUCCUUCUGUUGAUCCACUAAAGUCUGCUGUUUUAUUGGCGCAUGAAGACUGCACCAAGUUCUGCAUAUGCAGCAAUGGUACACCGUAUCUCUUCGAGUGUCCCGGAUCGCUUUACUUUAAUGAUGAGUUGAAGGUUUGUGACUGGCCAGAAACAUCCGGCUGCGUCCAAACGACUUAAUAACAUAUUGAUGGAAAAUAGGCUGCUUGAAAAUUUGAUUGCAACUACCACCUUCGAUCAAGAGUUUCUAUAACCAAAUUCUGACAGAAUGGAUAGGAUAAGAGUCGAGAAACUAAACUAUGAUCUCGACGACGACGAUGUAACUUUUCAGCUUCAUGUAUUACUUAUGUGUACAGACGACUAAUAAUAACUAAUAAAAUAACCGUUAUGCGUAA